GGCUCGUUACGAAAGCGUCUCAUCACUUUGUUGUGGUCAUGUCGAGCUGCACAAUGGCCGACCGCCUCAAAGAAGCGCUGCCGCGAGCAGUUCCGACAAAGAGACGAGAGACACGAAAGCCGGAGUUCACAAAAAAAACAUGGAUUCGGUGGAUAUUUGUGCAGCAACCUCCGAGGGAGAUAACAGACGACGCGCCAACGAGAGGAACCGAGAUUGGCACAAACGGCUCAACCUCAGGAGAACUGCCAUUCGUCCUCGGGCCGUGCAGAGUGCAGAUAAGAGCGGGCCGAAGAAGAUAGCGGGGGAGUGGGAGCUGGGCGCGGCGGGGCCCUUGUCGAAGAAGCCCCGUGACACACCGGGGUUUGCGCCCCCCCUCGGCGGGGACGAGGCAGAGUACGCUCCCAAAGACUUGGUGCGACACUCCGGGGAGAACCACAGGGGAAGCCCACCGGUGUUUUCCUGCCGCUCGUGCGCUUUCAGCACGCACGAGCUCUCCCGCCUUCAGGUUCACCUGCUGAGCCACAAGGACACCUUUUCCAGCUGCGGCGUUUGCCACGACGACGUCCAGCGCACGUGGCCGGAGCUCAGCGCGCACCUGACCGCGCUUCACUGCCAAGACGGCAGGUUUCCGUGCCAAAUGUGUCCAAAAUUCUCCACUGGAGACGUUGGAGUGUUUUUAGAGCACACCUAUGCACAUCACUCGGGCCCGGAGGGGGAUAAGGGUCCGUUGCCGCACGCAGAGGGCGGGGACGAGUUUGGGCCUAAAAUGGCCGCCCGGGGGUUGCGUUGUCAGCACUGUGGCUAUGAAGCAUCCCGGAAAUGGCUGAUCGCUAAGCACGUCAAAGCUGUCCAUGUCUGCCAGAAUGGGAAUCAGCGGAAGAAAAACAAGAGGGACGAGGAUGAGGAUGAGGAGGUGCGUUCCCUAGCGAUGAAACCAAAUGUCCCCGUACCAAACGUGAAGCCCCGGUUGACGAGGAGUGCGGUGAGGGAGAUGUGCUGGCUGACGCAGGACUGCCUCUCUCUGCCAGGGCGAGAGUUCCUGGACAAGUACUGUCCUCUGUCGGAUCCGCAGACGACCCUUCAGGAGACUCAACAGUUCCUGAUGCAAUCGGUCGCCGGGGAAACCGGUGACCGGAAAUGGACCAAGGCACUGAAGAGCGUUUUGUCGAGCGUCCCCGAUGACAUGAACGUCCACCCAAAGUCGCAGAAAGGAGUCCCGUCGGACCUAGCCGUGCUGACCGUGAAGAACAAGAUAACCGUGGCUCAGAACGGCGCCACGUACGCCAAAAGGUUGAAAGUGAUGACUUCGUCCGAGAGGGAAACCUCCCGUCGGGUCGUCGACCGAAAUGGCCGUCAGUCAAAUCCGAGGACAACCAAUCCGAACAAAAGCGAGCCACCGCACCGCGUUCCAACACGGAAAAACGGAGUGAGUCGGGAACUAAAGCUUCUACAGGAAAUGAAAAACGAGGAGCCAGCGCACGAAGAUGGGAUGGACAUGUCCACUGAACCCAAGUCGACCAACGAGUCGGAAGAGCACACAUCCAGUCACAAAGUUGCACCAAAAAACAAGCGGCGAAGACGGCGAAGAAGGGCAAGCGCUAAACGGCGCGGUAAAAGACCAUCAGGAGUCGCCUUAAAGAUAGUGUUGAAGAAGAAUCCGGUGAAGGAGAAGCAGUGGGUGUCUUUGUCUCCGUCAGGUGACCUUCCUGGAGCGUCAUGUCCCCUGGUGGCGCUGGAGGAGACUGCUCAGGUUCUGAAGAACACGCCGCUAGGCGGCGCACGCCAGAAGGAACGGCCCAACGCUUCCUCUGCUGGGCUGGGCGUCGCCUCCAGUCCAGCCGGUCGGGCCGCGAUGCCGCCGGGGUCCAACAACAAGGACGACGUCGCGCUCAGAGGCUCACCGUCGCCCCAUCGACAAGCAAAAGUGGCCGAAAGUCUCUCGGCUCGGGAGGCCGGCCGCUCAGAAUUGCCCGCUGCAGCGGGGCGCGAAGCAGAGACGGGCCCCGAGGACGCGGUGCUCCAGACAUCAGGCGGCGGCACCGAGUGCCAGGGGUUCCACGAUGAGGGAGCAGCUCCUUUCAGCGACUCCACCGAGUCCUCCGCUGCCUCCAUAUCGGUCGUCACAACGCAGGGAAAGGUAAACUCUGAAGAUGUAUUCCCCGUUCUCCCUGCAGAGCAGGAGGGGACUGGAGACACAGGAUUGCCCGCCGAGCCCCGCCCACAUCUCCAUAGCGACGUCCAUGGUGGCACCUCGCCGCCCUCCGGUUGCCAGCGGUCACCGCUCGCCAAGCACGUGGAGAGGACCCUGAAGCUGGUCGCCAUAAGUCCGUCUCAGCCGGUGAAGCGCCCGGCGGGGGACCAGCCCGUCGUGGUGCUCAACCACCCGGACGCCGACACCCCCGAGGUCGCCCGUAUCAUGGAGGUCAUCCACCGGUACAAAGGGGAGGUGCAGAAGGUCGUGUUGUCGCGGAGAACCGCAGACGCUCUCUCUGCCGAGGCGAGCGACCCCGAGGCCUCCUCGGGCUGUGCCUCCCUGCAGGAGCGGUUCCUGCUGAGGCUGAAAUUCCGCAGGUUGAGCAGGAAGAAGUACGAAGUGGUCGGGGCGGGCUCCCCUGGUGCUGCGGCGGGGGCGCGCGUGUUCCGCUGCUGGUUUUGCGGCAGGAUCUUCACAUGCCGGGAAGCGUGGACGGCCCAUCGGCAGCGACAUCUGACGGACUGGGAAAAAGCCAAACUGUGAAAACUCUUAAUGUUGUGUACACUGGAUGAAAAGCACAGAUGCUUCUGUGAAAUUGACUUUUGCAAUACAACUAGACAAUAAUGGAAACAAUCCUAUUUUUUUACACAGUCUUAAAUCUGUUUUGUUUGUGUUGAGGGUUCAUUCACUCAGGGUAAACAUUUACCUAUCGAAGUCUCUUUGUAUAUUAGUGAUGAACUGUAAAGCCAUUAAGCUCCUUUGUGUCGUUUGUGUACGCAGCAGCUUUAUUUAAGGUGAUUAAAGUACAGAACACUGUAAUAUCUGUAUUUGCCAUACUAUCUGAGUCAGUUUAUGUACGGGUAGGUUCUACAGUGUGAUAGCUGUCGCAGAGACUCAGUUAUUCAGAUGUAUCUGAACUAUGUAUUUUUGAAAAAAAGAUAAGCUGUUUUAUUCAACAUUUAUUUAUGACUUAUGUUUAUCCUUUUAUAUGCUUUGUCCUUAUGCUUUAUUUUUAUUUACUUUGGGCCACUGAAAGAAUCAGUGUAUUUGUAAAAAAAGAAAGGGUUUGUACAAACUCCAACUUGUGUUCAAAUAAUAGUGUUAUCUAUAAGGGGUAUAUUUUAUCUAGCCAAUUAUCCCCCAAAUAAUGAUUAAUUUAAAUAGAAAUGUUACUUUUCUUGUUGAUGUAACACUGGCAGAAUUGCUUUAAUUUGGAAUUAAGGUCUGGUGGAUCAUGGGCUUUUUUAUUUUUUUGUAAUUUGUUCUAGUUUUUCAUCAAUUUUUCCCUCUUGACUUGAAAUGAUAACGCUAUCUUUUAAUUGCACUAUGAAAGGAGGAUUUCUUUUGCCCAUUACCUCACCUUUAUCAGGUUUAGCUUCUGACAAUCUCAAACCAGCGUCCUACUGUAGUUUCACUUUCCUUAUGCAGCUGGAAUGCUAUUCUUAGUAUUCCGUGUUUUCCAGGUGUUCCAAGAGAAUCAUGGACCAUCAGACCGUGUGGAGCAUGUGUCCAUGUUUCUCAGUAACUGUGUUUGUACAUUUUUUCCAAUUUGGGGAAAAAUAUGUAGAAUUGUGUACAUAGCACAGAUAGAGGUACUGUAAAAUAUGACUACAGAGUUCUCACCAAGUGCCUAGAAAUACGUGUUAUGCAAUAAAAUGUGAGUAUAAGAGUAUUUACUUGUUGACAGGACAACCAAUCGAUUGUGGAUUGUCGAUUGUGAGAUGCAGUCAUAAAACACAAGUAAUAACUUAUAUGAAUUUUUAUUAAAACAAACAUUGCUGUUAUAAACAAAUAAACGGUCAACCUGCUUCUCU